AUGGCCAGUGAGUCCAAAUUUAUUGACUAUAUCGAUGAAGCUUUGGAAAAAUCCAAAGAAACGGCGCUUUCUCGCUUGUUUUUCAUUCAUCAGGGGAUUCCGUACCCAAUCACCAUGUGCACCUCAGAAACUUUCCAGGCCUUGGACACCUUUGAAGCCAGAAGUGAUGACAUGGUGCUCGCAUCUUAUCCAAAGUGUGGCUCAAAUUGGAUUCUCCACAUCAUUAGUGAAUUGAUAUUUGCUGAAUCUAAAAAAAAGUAUGAAUAUCCAGAAUUCCCAAUUCUUGAAUGUGGGGACCCAGAAAAAUACCAGAGAAUGAAACAGUUUCCAUCGCCAAGGGUUUUGGCCACUCACCUCCAUUAUGACAAAUUACCUGGGUCCAUCUUCAAGAAUAAAGCCAAGAUACUGGUGAUAUUUCGAAACCCUAAAGAUACGGCAGUAUCUUUUUUCCAUUUCCACAAUGAUGUCCCUGAUAUUCCAAGCUAUGGUUCUUGGGAUGAAUUCUUCAGACAGUUCAUGAAAGGACAAGUUUCUUGGGGAAGUUAUUUUGAUUUUGCCGUUAACUGGAACAAACAUCUUGAUGAUGAAAAUGUUAAGUUCAUAUUAUAUGAAGACCUGAAAAAGAACCUGGCUGCUGGAAUAAAACAAAAUGCUGAGUUGUUUGGAUUCUCUUUAACUGGGGAGCAGAUUCAAACCAUCUCGGCCCAGAGUACCUUCCAAGCAAUGCGAGCAAAAUCUCAGGAAACGCAUGGUGCUGUGGGCCCGUUUCUGUUCCGCAAAGGUGAAGUUGGCGAUUGGAAAAAUUUGUUCAGUGAAACUCAGAACCAGGAAAUGGAUGCAAAAUUCAAAGAGUGCUUAGCGGGCACUUCCUUAGGAGCAAAGCUGAAGUAUGAAUCCUAUUGCCAAGCUUGAUUUCUGGUCAAUGCAGAUACCAGGCGUGGAUGUUUUAUUUUCCUGACUAACAAAUUUAAAUAAUGGAAGAAGAAGAUCAAAUAACCAAAUAACGAUAAUUCAAUAACAUUUAGAUAUAAUGUGAAUUUAAUAAUACUGACAACAUUUGACGCUUUUGAACUCAGACUUGUUUGUUCGCUUUUGGAGGAAAGGCCGUUUAGCUCCAAAGGGGACACUCUGGCUAAUGGGGGAUGCUGGGCUUUUCACUUCUUUCAUGCUCUGGGUUCACAUAAGAACAUAAGCAGAUACUAUUAGAAACACGCCUAACUUGGUGUUUGAGUGUAGAUGAGACAGCCCUCCCAAUGAUGCACGACUUUUUGUCCUCCCAGAAUAAUUCCUCUGUCUUUCACUACACAUCAAAGCGUUUGUGGCUAUCUCAAACUUACUGUUGGGGAAGUGUAAUUCCAACUUGGCACUGAAGUCAGAUGAGUAAAUCCCAUCCUCGUAUGAUUCAAGGAAAAUGCAUUGCUCAUCUCUUCUGAGCGUGUCCCUG